CACCUGACUGAUUCUUCCCAUGGUGUAAGGAACAAAUGCCUCCUUUUAAUUGGCUGCCUUGGGACUGUGGAAAAAGGUGUUGUGAAAGAAGCAGAAGGCCAGCCUCCCAAAGAUGUCCAGAAGAUCAUUGGGGAUCAUUUCAAUGACCAGGAUCCUCGGGUUAGGACAGCAGCUAUAAAAGCCAUGCUCCAGCUACACGAAAGGGGAUUAAAGCUGCAGCAAAACAUUUAUAAUCAGGCAUGUAAGCUCUUAACCGAUGACUAUGAGCAGGUUCGCAGUGCCGCCGUCCAGCUCACCUGGGUCCUCAGCCAGCUUUACCCAGAAAGGGACUUGGGCAAUGCUGUCGGCAUGCUUCUGUUACACUCAAAGGCACCCCAUGGGGGCCCCAUCCACCAGGAGUGCCUCCUGUGCCCUUGGGAAUG